AUGGAUAAAGAGAAGGAAAUAGAAUCAGAAAGUGUACAACAGGGAGAUAAAGGAAAGAAGGGUGAAGGCGAAGGCGAGAAGAAAGCGAGAGGCAGACCAACGAAGGCGGAGAAGUUGGCCAAAUUAAGAAAAACGGACAGUACAGGAUCGGUCAAGGAAUUCUUUCAGAAAAGUGAGAAAAGGAAGAGGGAAGAAGAGGUGGAGGAAGCAGCGAAUGCGGAGGAAGAAAUUCUAAAAGAAUUUAACGCACAAAGAAGGGUCAACAGAUCACCGCCGCCCAAAAUCAAAAAAGAAAAGCAGGGAAAAGAAAAUAUGGCGACGGAAGAAUUACUAGAGAAGGAAAGAAAAGAAAAAACCGAGAAGUUGAUAGAAGAAAUAAAUAGAUCGAAAAUGGCCGUCGAGGAAGUACAAGAAAUUGGACAUGGAGAAUUUAAGAUGAAGGUACUGAGAUGCAGAAAUUGGGAUAACAAACGAGAGAUAAUGAUGAGAAAGAAAGAGCUAGGAAAGAAGUAUGGCUGUUUUCUGAAUGACGACAUUACUAAAGAAGAAAGGCAGAUACAGAAAGAGUUAAGAAAGAUAGCAAAGGAAAAAAGGGAGGCAGGAAAAUGGGUAACGGUCGGUUACCAAAAAAUAUGGGAGGAUAAUAAGGAAUGGAGAUGGAACGAAAACAAAGAAGCGCUAGAAGAAAGGGAUCACUUUCGCAGAUAA